CCUUAGAAUACUCAGAGCUGGAGCAGAGAGAGGGAUGCGCUCACAUUCACGGAGAUACACUAGAAUCUAAAAACAACAUACUUUCUGCUAUACAAAGUUAAACGAAAAUGUUAAAUGGAAUAUACAUUCUAGAGAUGUAUUUUGGUAUGAAGCUCUUUUUUAUGGACAAUAUUUCAAACGGAAUUGUGUUGUAACGGAUCAGGGAUGACAAAGAGAAUGGGAUACCGAGACUGGAGAUGGCUGGCCCUUUGGUGGCAUCAUUUCUUUCUCUUGUGGAGUACAGUAGACAGCCAGACUCGCUACACCAUCCCGGAGGAAUUGAAACAGGGCUCUGUGGUGGGAAAUCUAGCCAAAGAUCUGGGUUUGGGACUCUCUGAGAUUUUUGACCGUAAACUGCAUGUCGCCUCUGAGGCUGGUAAACAGUAUUUCAAUGUGGAUGCGGGGAAGGGCGAGCUGGUCGUCAAUGAGAGAAUAGACAGAGAGACUUUAUGCGGACAAAGCGCCAGCUGCGUUUUACCUCUGCAGGUUGUCAUUGAGAACCCGUUACAGUUGCACCGUAUUGAGGUGGAAAUACGAGACAUAAAUGACAAUUCUCCUAAUUUCUUAACAAAAGAUCGGGUUCUGAAAAUGGCUGAAUUGACAGCUGUAGGCGCGCGUUUUCCGUUGGAAAGUGCAGAGGACCCCGAUGUGGGAAGCAAUGCACUUAAAUCCUACAUUCUUAGUAAAGACGAAUGUUUCAGUGUAAAAGUUAAAGACAUUGAAGGAGGACGAAAAAUCCCAGAGCUAGUGUUAGAGAAGCCACUGGACAGAGAGAAAAAAGCUGUCCAUGAGCUAUUAUUGACGGCUCUCGAUGGAGGCACUCCGGCUAGGUCUGGAACUUCACAGAUCACGGUCACUGUCCUUGAUAAUAAUGACAACAAUCCCGUAUUUCAGAAAGCUGUAUAUAAUGUAAGGGUUAAUGAAAAUAGCGAAAAGGGCACUUCCUUGAUUAAGCUUGAGGCUACUGACUCAGACGAGGGUGUCAACGGGGAGAUAGAAUAUUCAUUCGGCGAGCAUACACUAGAGUCAGUGUUAUCUGUGUUUGAUAUUGAUGCAGUUACGGGGGAAAUGUUUCUAAGAGGGGAAUUAGAUUAUGAGAGUGCAGCUUAUUAUCGUAUAGACAUUACUGCUGUAGAUAACGGCAUCCCAGAAAUGGAGGGACACUGUCGGGUACAGGUCGAAGUAACAGACGUUAAUGACAAUGCUCCCGAAAUUGUCCUCACCUCCAAACCUAGUCCAGUGCGCGAGGACGCACCGAGUGGCACGGUAGUGGCUUUGAUCAGUGCCCGUGACCUAGACUCCGGGAAUAACGGUAAAGUAACGUUACAACUUACAAAAGGCCAUCCUUUCAGUCUGAAACCGUCAUUUUCUGAUAAUUAUGCACUGGUCACCAGUGGUGUUUUAGACAGAGAGAGUUUCUCAGAGUAUAAUAUUGAGAUAACAGCCACUGAUUCGGGCUCCCCUCCCCUGACUACCAAGAAAACUAUACCAGUCACUAUCAUUGAUGUCAACGACAACCCCCCUAAAUUCUCUCAGCCCUUCUAUAAUGUCUAUUUAAAAGAGAAUGGACUACCAGGAUCCAUGCUAUCCUCAGUAUCUGCAUCAGACCUGGAUUUCGGAGAUAAUGCCAAGAUCUCCUACUCCAUCCUAAACUCCAAAGCGCAGGACGUUUCUGUAUCCUCCUAUGUGUACAUGAACACUGAUAACGGCAGUAUCUACAGCAUGCACUCAUUUGACUAUGAGAAACUAAAGGUGUUUCAGAUUCUGGUGCAGGCCAAGGACCACGGCUCUCCCUCUCUGAGCAGCAACGUCACUGUCCAUGUUUUUAUCCUGGACCAGAACGACAAUGCCCCCGCUGUUAUUUACCCCUCCGCUGCCCUGGGCUCGCUCUCUCACCAGAAGAUGCCCCGCUUCGCUAAAGCAGGCCACUUGGUUACUAAGGUAACGGCUGUGGACGCAGACUCGGGCCAUAACGCCUGGAUUUCAUAUAAACUGGUGGAGGCCACAGACGCGUCUCUGUUCAGUGUCAAUCUUUACACAGGGGAGGUGAGGACUAAACGUGCUGUGUCCGAACAGGACGACUCCUCUCAGAGGCUGCUUAUAGAGAUACAGGAUGACGGGGUGCCGGUCCAGUCCGCCACGGUCACACUGACCAUACUGGUAGAGGACGGGCUCCACGAACUCAUCUCGGACCUUCGGCAGAAAGCGCCAGAGCCUAGCAAGAAAAGCGGGAGAAUCACCCUGUAUUUGAUUCUCUCUCUGGCCUCGGUGUCCGUGCUGUCUCUGGUGACUUUUGUCAUCUUAGCAGUCAAGUGCGUUAGAAACAGCAGGAGCAGCGGUAGUUGCUGCAUGAGACGGGACGACUUGGACGGCUACAAGAACCCCAACAGAAACCUGCAGAUUCAGCUCAACACUGACGGACCGAUUAAGUACGUGGAGGUCCUGGGAGGGGACGUGUUGUCUCAGAGUCAGUCCUUCAGGUCAUGUCUCUCUCCCAUGUCAGAGUUCAGUGAUUUCACCUUCGUUAAACCCAGCAGCACCACUGACUUUAAGGAGAUGAUCAACGUCCUAGACGCGUCUUUACCCGACAGCGCCUGGACCUUUGAGAGCCAGCAGGUGAGAAGUGACGUAUGA